AUGAGCCCAGGACGCAAGCAGUUGGCAUCACACCCUUUCAUUAAGAAGGGUCGUCGUCCCGUUGUUCUUUGCAUUGUCGACGGAAUGGGCUAUGGGCGUGUCAAGGAAGCUGAUGCUGUAAAGGCAGCUUACACACCGUUUUUGGACAUGUUUCACGCAAAGUACCCCAACACUCAGCUCUAUGCUCACGGGACCUAUGUGGGCCUUCCAGAUGAUACCGACAUGGGCAACUCGGAGGUCGGUCACAACUGCAUCGGCUGCGGCCGCGUGGUCGCCCAGGGGGCUAAGUUGGUCAAUAUGUCUUUGGAGAGUGGGGAGAUGUUCAGAGAAGGGAGCGUAUGGAGGAAGUGUGUCACGCAGGUGACAGCCAAGAACUCUACCCUUCACUUCCUCGGCCUCUUUUCUGACGGAAAUGUCCACUCCCACAUUAACCACUUGUUCAGCAUGCUGAAGCGUGCGAAGCAAGAUGGAAUCAAGCAGGUUCGCCUGCAUCUCCUCUUCGAUGGCCGUGACGUUGGCGAGACUUCUGGAAUGAGCUACAUUGAGAAGUUGGACGAGCUCCUAAAGACCCUCAAUGGGGCUGACUUUAAUUGUGUGGUUGCCUCUGGGGGCGGUCGCAUGGUCACGACAAUGGAUAGAUAUUUUGCUAACUGGGAUAUUGUUGAGAGAGGGUAUUUGGCACAUAUCUACGGAUACAGCGUUCAUGGAAAUUACUACGACAGCAUCGCCAACGCAUACACUGCCCUCCGUAAUAAGGGAGCGAUUGAUCAGAAUCUCGAAGAGUUUGUUAUCAAUGACGCAGAUGGUAAGCCAGUGGGGGCUGUAGGAGACAAUGACGCCUUUGUUCUAUACAAUUUCCGUGGAGACCGUGCCAUCGAGAUAAGUCAGGCCAUGGAUGCGCUGGCUGGUGGUGAUACUGCCGCUUUUAAGGACUUCAAUUUAUGUUUUGAUUUGUCAGGGAUUCAGAGGAAGUAUGGAGCACCAAAUGUGAAGAUAUCCCUGCCCAGCAAAAUCGCAGCGCCAAAGAACAUACUUUAUGUGGGCAUGAUGCUCUAUGAUGGCGAUCUCCACCUGCCGAAGAACUAUCUUGUCAGUCCCCCGAAUAUUUCGGACACUCUUGAUGAUUACCUUACUUCCGCAGGCCUUUCCUGCUAUGCUAUCUCCGAGACACAGAAGUACGGCCAUGUAACAUACUUCUUCAAUGGCAAUCGAUCGGAGAAGUUUUCGGAGGAGCUGGACACUUACGAAGAGAUCCCUUCAGACAAGGACAUUGAGUUCUCUAAGGCUCCCUGGAUGAGAGCUCACGAGAUCACAGUUAUGACGGAACGUGCGAUCCGCGGACUCACCAAGAGGAAGCAUGACUUCAUUCGUCUCAACUAUCCUAAUCCCGACAUGGUUGGACACUGCGGCGACUUUGAGAUGGCCAGAGUGGCAGUUGAGUGUGUCGACGUCUGUCUCGGGAGGCUCUACAAGGCAGUGUGCGACGUCGGCGGCUGUAUGGUGAUUAUUGCAGACCAUGGAAACUCUGAUGAAAUGUAUGAGAUUGUCAAGGGUGCGGUAAAGCUGGACUCAAAGGGAAACAAGGUCGUGAAGACUUCGCAUUCCCUGAACCCCGUGCCCUGCAUCAUCAUUGACAAGUCCUCCGAUGUGCUGGAGUACAAGCGUGAGCUCCGCUCUGGAAAAGGCCUUAGUUCUGUUGCUGCCACUAUCCUUAACCUCCUUGGCUUUGAGAAGCCUGCGGACUACGACGAUGGCGUCUUGGUCUUCUGA